UCAAAAAAAUGCAUGGACAAAAGACAGCAGAUAAAAAAGCAGUACCACCCCUGUCAUAUUGUCUCUGUUGACAUGUUAAUGAGUUUGCUUGUUGAUGUGCGUAGUAAGACGAUGUAGUUGCGUAGUGCAAUGUUUACGAAGAGGGCAUCACCGGCCACGGCCCAGUAGUAUGGCGACGUCCCCAAUGGCUCCCGUUUCCCUACAUAGUGCACUACUUUUGACCAGAGUCCAUAGAAGUGCACUAUAUCAGGAAUAGGGUGCCAUUUGGGAUGCAAAUCUAUGUGUGUUACCUUGGACUCCCCUCGGCUCCCCCUAUUCAUGUGUGGAAUCUCAUUGUUGGUGGGGACAUCAUUCAGGCUAGUGUUUUAAGGUCUGGAGAAAGGGAGGGAGGGAGGCUGGUUCUCGGUCCUAGUUCAUUAGAGCUGUGUUUGGAGGACUGCACUGAGAGUGGGCACUACGUCUGAACCUGACAGCUACACUUUGGUGAAUAGGUUAGAAGAUUCACAGAUCUGUGGGAAAGGGCCAAGAAGACAGUAGUCUGAGGUUUGGAGUAUCUGACCGUAGAGAAGCCAGAGAGCACGAGUCCCUUUGAAGAUGACACCUGCCAGUUUGGUGUUAGCCUGGCUCCUGCUCGCUGUGAGGACAGUCACCUCUGCUGUGUAUCUGGAACCCGAGGAGGAGGAGCUCAAUGAAACUGUCCUCUGCACCAAUGACCAGAUGGAGGUGGUCAUUCCCAGUGCCUUUUUCCUCAAUAAAUUGCCACCCAUUUAUGUCUGGGAUUUGCACCUAAAUGACCCAGAGUGCCGUGGUGUUGAGAUUGAAGAUGACUAUGUCUUCAGCAUCAAGACUAAUCUCUCUGACUGUGGGACAAUCAUGGCAUCGGAUGCUACACACAUUAUGUUCAUUAACACUAUACGCAACAACGAUUUGGAUGUCAUCACAAGGAACUACAUAAACAUCACGUUUGUCUGCCGCUACCCAAUAAACUACAUGGUCCAGCAACCUAAUGGGGAAAACAUGAUCAGGGUGGAUGUCAAGAUGAUCACUCUGAACACGGAAGAUGGGAACUUCUCUGUGUCCAUGUUGCUAUAUAAAGACAAGGACUUUGAGGACAAGUGGACCACUGUUCCCUCACUGACACUGGAAGACAACAUCUACGUUAAAGUUUUCAUGAUACCGGCUCAUCUUUUGCUGCGUGUGGAGAGAUGCUGGGCUACCCCAACCAACGACCCGUAUAGCAACAUCCAGUACACCUUCAUUAAGGACAGCUGCCCCGUGUUGUCAAACGAACAGACGUUGACAGUGCUGAAGAAUGGACAAGGGCCAGAGGCUAUGUUCAGGAUACAAAUGUUCAAGUUCGUGGGCAGCUCUUACAAGGAUGUGUUUCUCCACUGCAAUGUUCAGAUCUGUCACAACACACCUGGGGUCUGUCAGCCUAACUGUUCUGUUGAGGAUAGCUCCAGGCGGAUGAGAAGAGAUGUUGCCAUGUCCCAUACAGUAUCUUAUGGACCAAUCAGGCGACGUCUGCCUGAGAGUGACCAACCCACUCUGAACCCCGGAAGUGUGCUUUCGGUGGAGACGUUUGUCCUGGGAGGACUGCUGGUGGUCCUACUGCUGAUCACUGGAGUGUUCGGGAGGCUGUGGCUGAGAACCAGACACUCUUACCCAGCACAGGAGGCUGCUCAGCUCACUCUGUCCAAUAUACACCACAUCUCAGAGGUAGCCUCCUAAGAUAGCCGAGCAGACCAGUAGUCCAAGCUAUGAGAACAGAUGUCAAACGGUGCAUUCAUACAUACAUCUACAAAGGCAGACACACAAGUGUAAGCAUGCACAGGCAUGCAUGCAGUGGUGUAGUGGAGGGUGUAUGCAAGUAUACGCUGUAUACACACUUAUUUUUCAGUGGGCAUUGCGUAUACUCACUUCUUAGUCCCCACAAUGUGUGUUGAAGUAGUAUAGGGGAGGUAUACGCUGUAUCAAUUAAUACGGCUGAUGGAACAGAUCGGAAUGUUUAGCUUAAAAUGUAGAUAGACUAUUUCUUCAUACUUUAGGUGCAGCAAUGUGCUCAAGGCUGUAGUAUAUACACUAAUGUUCCAAAAUGGAAUUUGCAGGAAAACUCUGUUCUAAAAUGCACACCGGGUUUAAUGGGCAGAGAUGGAAAUAUCAGUUAGACAUUUUUAAAGAGGCAAGAUCUAAAGGUGCAACAACAAUCAUGGGUUGAUAAUAUGACUAGAAUUAAUGCCUUUGGCUGCUAGACAAUGGAAGGAAGUUGAAAGAAAACCAAUAGAACAGGAGAAUGCAUAUGAGGAAGUCUUUAUAAAAUAAUUGCCUCCACAUUUCUAUGAUUUCAAACAAUGAAGGAACACUAAAAAUAUAGUGAUGCUAAUGAUAGGCCUAAACAUCUUCUGGUAGAUAAAGUCUUUACCAAAAACCUUCACAAUUAAAUGUUAUCUAGCUACAAAGUAGCCUAUGCCUACCUGGCAGAAUGAUUGCAUGAUUAUUUGCAUUAAUCUAGUGGCCAUUUGUUUUCUCCAUCUCAUGUGCUACAGAAACACUGCUAACAAAGCAGCAGUGCUAGGUGCCUGUUCACUUGAAUUAAAGGAUAACUACACUCAAAAAUACAAAUGUCUUAGAUUUUUCCCAGACCUCAAAAAGGGGUCUCUGGAUGUGGUUAAAGCAUUGUUGUGGUCUCAGAACAUCCAAUUGUGUUUUUCUAUUUUGAAAAAUGUAUUUUGAGAGCUUAAACCCUUCUAUUAGCCUACUUGCACAGUACAGAUUGGGUUGGCCUGAUUGUGAAAGACCAAUAUGGGAUUUAUCAUAUUAGUCCAUUCAAAGUGCAUGUCACAAUUUCUCAUAGAAUUUAUCACACAUGGCGCCUUUCCUUCACCUUGUGGGCCUUUUGGUAAAUUUCUGGCAAACUUUGAGUAUACCCACUUCUCCAGUCACCACUACACUCACUUCAUGCUUGCACGUGCACCCACACAAGUUAAAAUGUUGGAUAAGGAAAGAGGAAACCAUGAAUUUAUUGUACUUUUGGGUGUAUAUAAAAUAUCAGUGUAGAAA